CCCGCGCCCGCGCCCGUGCCCGCAGCGCCCGGGAAGGAUGUGAUGGGGCGGUAGCAUGUCUGUGGAGAGCGGCCCUGGCACGAGACUGAGGAACCCGCCCGUGAUGGGGGAUGGACUAGAGGCGACCCAGAUGUCGACGACGCAGGCCCAGGCGCCCCCCCAGCCAGCCCACGCCGCCGGUGCCAAUCCCCCGCCCCCCGAGACCUCGAACCCCAACAAGCCCAGGCGCCAGACCAACCAGCUGCAGUACCUGCUCAAGGUGGUGCUCAAGACGCUAUGGAAACACCAGUUCGCCUGGCCCUUCCAGCAGCCCGUGGACGCCGUCAAGCUCAACCUGCCUGAUUACUACAAGAUCAUCAAGCAGCCCAUGGACAUGGGGACCAUCAAGAAGCGCCUGGAGAACAACUAUUACUGGAACGCCCAGGAGUGCAUCCAGGAUUUCAACACCAUGUUCACCAACUGCUACAUCUACAACAAGCCGGGCGACGACAUCGUCCUGAUGGCGGAAGCCCUGGAGAAGCUGUUUCUGCAGAAGAUCAGCGACUUGCCCACGGAGGAGACGGAGAUCCUCAUCGUGCAGGCCAAGGGCCGCGGGCGCGGGCGCAAGGAGGCCGGGACGGCGAAGCCCGGCGUGUCCACGGUGCCCGGCAGCACGCAGCCCUCCACGCCCCCACAGACCCAGGCCCCCCCGCAGCACCCCCCGCCAGCGCCCGCCACGCCACACCCCUUCACCGCUGUCACACCCGACCUGCUCGUCCAGACGCCCGUCGUGACCACGGUGCCCCCCCAGCCUUUGCAGACGCCCCCACCCGCGCCCCCCCAGCCGCCGCCCCCGCCCGCACCCGCCCCCCAACCCGUGCAGAGCCACCCACCCAUCCUGGCCGCCACUCCGCAGCCCGUGAAGACCAAGAAGGGGGUGAAGAGGAAAGCCGAUACCACCACCCCCACCGCCAUGGACCCCGUCCACGAGCCGCCCUCGCUGCCCCCCGAGCCCAAGGCUGGCAAGCCGGGCCCCCGGCGGGAGAGCGGCCGGCCCGUGAAGCCCCCCAAGAAGGACGUGCCUGACUCGCAGCAGCACCCGGCAGGCGACAAGAGCGGAGGUGGCGGCGGUGGCGGCGGUGGCAGCGGGAGCAAGGUGUCCGAACAGCUCAAGUGCUGCGCCAGCAUCUUGCGGGAGAUGUUCGCCAAGAAGCACGCGGCCUACGCCUGGCCCUUCUACAAGCCCGUGGACGUGGAGGCCCUGGGUCUCCAUGACUACUGCGACAUCAUCAAGCACCCCAUGGACAUGAGCACCAUCAAGUCAAAGCUGGAGGCCAGAGGGUAUCGUGACGCCCAGGACUUCGGCGCCGACGUGCGGCUCAUGUUCUCCAACUGCUACAAGUACAACCCGCCCGACCACGAGGUGGUGGCCAUGGCGCGGAAGCUGCAGGACGUGUUUGAGAUGCGUUUCGCCAAGAUGCCGGACGAGCCCGAGGAGACGCCAGUAGCCGUGUCGUCCCCGGCCGCCCCGCCCCCCACCAAGGUGGCCGCGCCGCCCUCCUCCAGCGACAGCAGCAGCGACAGCUCCUCCGACAGCGACAGCUCCACAGACGACUCUGAGGAGGAGCGCGCCCAGCGGCUGGCCGAGCUGCAGGAGCAGCUCAAGGCCGUGCACGAGCAGCUGGCCGCCCUCUCGCAGCCCCAGCAGAACAAACCAAAGAAGAAGGAGAAGGACAAGAAGGAGAAGAAGAAGGAGAAGCAGAGGAAGAGGGACGAGGCGGAGGAGGGCCGGAAGGGCAGAGCCCGCGACCUGCCGCCCAAGAAGAACAAGAAGGUCACCACCGCUGGCGCCCCUAGCAAGAAGGAGCCGGCGGCCGCGAAGAAGCCGGCGGCCUGCGAGUCGGAGGAGGAAGGGGAGGCCCGCUGCAGGCCCAUGUCCUACGAGGAGAAGCGGCAGCUGAGCCUGGACAUCAACAAGCUGCCGGGCGAGAAGCUGGGCCGCGUGGUGCACAUCAUCCAGUCCCGCGAGCCCUCACUCAAGAACUCCAACCCCGACGAGAUCGAGAUCGACUUCGAGACGCUCAAGCCGUCCACGCUGCGCGAGCUGGAGCGCUACGUCACCUCCUGCCUGCGCAAGAGGCGGAAGCCGCCAGCCGAGAAGGUGGACGUGCUGGCAGGCUCCUCCAAGGUGAAGGGCUUCUCGUCUUCCGAGUCGGAGAGCAGCAGCGAGUCCAGCUCCUCCGACAGCGAGGACUCAGAGACAGACAUGGCUCCAAAGUCCAAAAAGAAGGGGCACCCCAGCCGGGAGCAGAAGAAGCACCAUCACCACCACCACCCGCAGAUGCCGCCGGCCCCGGGGCCCCCCCAGCCCCCGCCGCCCCCCCAGCCGCAGCCCCCGGUGCCGCCCCAGCAGGCGCCGCAGCCCCCCGCGCCCCCGGCCCCCCUGGCCCUGCCUCCGCCGGCCGCCCCCACCCUCAAGUCGUCGCCGCCCUUCCUGCCCGCCCCGGUGCCCGUGCUGGAGCCCCAGCUGGCGGGCGGCGUCUUCGACCCCAUCGGCCACUUCGCCCAGCCCCUCCUGCACCUGCCCCCCGCGCCCGAGCUCGCCCCCCACCUGGCCCCCGCGCCCGAGCACAGCACCCCGCCCCACCUCAGCCAGCACGCCGUGGUCUCCCCUCCAGCUUUGCACAACGCCCUGCCCCAGCAGCCGGCCAGGCCCAGCAACCGAGCGGCUGCGUUGCCCCCCAAGCCCGCGCGGCCCCCCGUGUCCCCCGCCCUGGCCCAGCCGCCCCUGCUCCCGCAGCCGCCCAUGGCCCAGCCGCCCCAGGUGCUGCUGCAGGAGGACGAAGACCCUGCCGCGCAGCCCCUCGGCUCCAUGCAGAUGCAGUUAUACCUGCAGCAGCUGCACAAGGCCCCGCCCGCCACGCCCCUGCUCCCUUCCGUGAAGGUGCAGUCCCAGCCACCCACGCCCCUGCCGCCCCCGCCGCACCCGGCCCCGCAGCUCGGGGCGCCGCCCCCGCCGCCCCCGCAGCCGCAGCCGGCGCCGCCGCCCCCGCCCCAGCCGCAGCCCGCACCGCCCCGGCAGGUGCACGUGCCCCCCCUGCCCUUCUCCGCCCACAUCCAGCCGCCCCUGCCCGGGCCCCCCGGCCCGCAGCCCCCACACCCCGCGCCGGGCCCCCAGCCGCCGCCGCAGCCCGCCAAGCCUCAGCAGGUCAUCCAGCACCACCCCUCGCCCCGCCACCACAAGCCGGACCCCUACUCGGCGGGUCACCUCCGUGAAGCCCCCUCCCCGCUCAUGAUACAUUCCCCCCAGAUGCCACAGUUCCAGAGCCUGAGCCACUCGUCUCCGCCCCAGCAGAGCGCACAGCCCAAGAAGCAGGAGCUGCGUGCCGCCUCCGUGGUGCAGCCCCAGCCGCUGGUGAAGGAGGAGAAGACCCACUCGCCCGUUCUGCGCGGGGAACCCUUUAGCCCCUCGCUGCGGCCCGAUCCCCCGAAGCACCCGGAGAGCAUCAAGGCCGUGCACCUGCCCCCCCGGCCCGAGAUGAAGCCGGUGGACGUGGGGAGGCCGGUGAUCCGGCCCGCUGAGCAGAGCGGACCCCCGCCCGGGGCCCCCGACAAGGAGAAGCAGAAGCAGGAACCCAAGACGCCCGUGGCCCCAAAGAAGUCGGGCCGCGGUCCCCCGCAGGACCUGAAGCUGAAGAACAUGGGGUCCUGGGUGAGCCUGGCGCACAACAAGCAUCCGGCCACCCCGUCGGCCACGGCCAAGUCGUCCAGCGACAGCUUCGAGCAGUUCCGGCGCGCCGCCCGCGAGAAGGAGGAGCGGGAGAAGGCGCUCAAGGCGCAGGCCGAGCUGGCGGAGAAGGAGAAGGAGCGGCUGCGGCAGGAGCGCCUGAGGAGCCGCGAGGACGAGGACGCGCUGGAGCAGGCCCGGCGGGCGCACGAGGAGGCGCGGCGGCGCCAGGAGCAGCAGCAGCAGCAGCAGCAGCAGCAGCGCCAGGAGCAGGCGGCCGGGGCCCCCGCGCAGGGGCAGGGCCAGGGGCCGGGGCCGGGGCAGGGCCAGCAGCCCCAGUCCAUGCUGGACCAGCAGCGCGAGCUGGCACGCAAGCGGGAGCAGGAGCGGCGGCGCCGCGAGGCUAUGGCGGCCACCAUCGACAUGAACUUCCAGAGCGACCUGCUGUCCAUCUUCGAGGAGAACCUCUUCUGAGCGCCGCGGGCGGGGGCUCGGCCUGGUCUGCCUUACGCCGGCCGGACAGACAAGAAAGACGGACGGAUGGAGGGGCGGACGACAGAGACCCAGGCCCCGCGCCGCCCCCGCCGCCAGGCGUCUGCACAGUGUACACGGCCCCCCCGCCACCGCCACCGCCACCGCCGUCUGUCCGUCUGUCCCGGCGGGUCGGGGCGCCCACCCCGUGCUGACUCUGCCCCCACAAGCCUUUACCGAGUCUGAGUAUCCCGCUGGGCCGCCAACCAAAGUCCGUCGCCCUUCCGUGUUUCUGGGUCCCCUCCCGCCCUCCCCACCAUGUCUGUAUUUCGUUGUCGUCCUGUCCUCGGUUCUAUUUUAUUUGUCAUCCUCCCCGUCCCGCCCCAGACACACCGGCACCGCGCUCUCCCCCAGGCGGUGUGCCUUCCUCCCUGCGGGCGCGGUAGUGUGUGACCGUGGCUGUGCCGUGUAGUGAACCCUUCUCCAGUGGUAUCUUUGUUGGAAAGUUUGUUGGUGACUCCACCAAAAAAAAAAAAAGAAAAAGAAAAAGAAAAAAAAAAGGAAAAAAAGAAAAGGAAAAAAAAAUCACCCCCCCAAAAGUGUUAAAAACGAAAGCCCCCCCACACACACACACAAGAAGAGCCUGCCUGUAUUUUACUGUUUCCAACUCGAUUCGUCUAUUUUCACGAUAAAACCAGAAAGCGAACGCUUCCUUUUGUUGUUUCUUUUCUUGGUCUGCCCUCCUCCCCCCAGCUGUCCAGUUCGUCUCCUCCCGAGCCCAGUCUGUUCUAGGAUAUCCCUCUCUCUCUCUCUCUCUCUCUCUCUCUCUCUCUCGCUCUCUCUCUCUCUCUCUCUCUCCCUUCCUCCCUCCCUCCCUCUCCCCUUCUCUCCCUCCCCUCUCUUUGUUAGACCAGGAACUGAAGGGGGGGGGGCCACAUAGUGCCCUUGAUUUUGGGGGUUUGGGGGCACAGACCCUGACUGACGGCCCCCCCAGAACCCUCCCCCAUGGUCAUUUCUUCCGUUUGCUCCACCCGCCUAUUUUUUUCUUUUUUAAUUUUAUAACCGGAGCCCUUGGUGAGGUUACGCGUGCCAUGAGAAGCCCCUCCCCGCUCCCGCCCGGACCCCCAGCCCCUGCCCUGCCCUCCCCGACGGUGGUGUCUCAGUGUCGGCCAAACUCUGGAGUCGCUGACUGGUCUGAAUAUGCAUUGGGUCUGUACUGAUCAUGGAAUAAACACAUCUCUUUUUUU